AAAAAGCGGCACCCACAACACACAGCUGUGAUGGACAUAAUGAUUGCGGUGCAGGAUGCGUGUGUCUCUGGUCAGUGGCUUACUGCGAUCAUACUCAGCCUGUGCUGCGUCCUGCCGUCGUGCUUGCCCGCCGGACAAACUGUGGACUAUUCCUCGGUUGAAAGUGUGGUGAGCAGACAGGGCGACACGGCUCUCCUGAGGUGCUACCUAUUGGAUGGGAUCUCUAAAGGAGCCUGGCUGAACCGCUCGAGCAUCAUAUUCGCAGGGAACGACAAGUGGUCUGUGGACCCGCGUGUCUCCAUUGUGUCCAGCGUUGGAGACAAACAUGAGUACAGCCUUCAGAUACAGAAAGUGGAUGUAUCUGACGACGGCCAGUACACGUGCUCCAUCCAGAGCGAGCGCAACCCACGGCCAAAGCUCCUCAACCUAAUUGUAAAAGUUCCUCCCAAGAUAUAUGACAUUUCCUCCGACAUCACGGUAAACGAGGGCAGCAAUGUGUCGCUCAUCUGUACAGCCAGUGGGAAACCCGAGCCAAGCAUUUCCUGGAGACACAUAACCCCAUCAGCCAAGAAAUAUGACAGUGGCGAAUAUCUUAACAUCACCGGCAUCACGAGGGACCAGGCUGGAGACUACGAAUGCAGCGCUUUAAAUGACAUCGCCUCUCCUGACACCAAAACAGUAAAAGUCACAGUCAACUUUGCCCCAUCUAUCCAUGAGAUGAAAAGCCAUGGAGUUGGUCUGGGACGCACAGCUCUGCUAAGGUGCGAGGCAGCUGCUGUUCCUGCUCCAAUGUUUGAGUGGUACAAGGGUGAAAAAAGGAUUAUCAAGGGUCAAGGUAUCGACAUCAAGAGCCUCAGCUCCAGAUCAGUCCUCACAGUGACCAACAUGACAGAGGAUCGUUACGGGAACUACACAUGUGUCGCCUCCAACAAGCUAGGGACAGCUAACGCCAGUGUGCCUCUCAUCCCAAUUAUUGAACCCACCACCACUAGUGCUGUCUCAAGCCCAGCGCCCAACACUGCACCCUAUGGGAGCACAGGAAGCGCACACGUCCCGCUGGCCUGCCAGUACCUGGUCCUGGCUCUCUCCUCCUUCAUCAGCGUGUACUAGCCGAGGCCAGUCCGGAUACAAUGACUGUCGAGAGCAUUUAUGAAUCCUUUUUGACAUUGCUGAAGGCUGGAAUCCAAUCUGGUACAGUGUGUUGAAAAGCCUUGAUGGGGAAAAUAAUCAGCGUUACUUUGUGUGGGGAAAAUUUUUCUUCUCUUUAUUUUCUUUGCUUUCUGGUGAAAUUUCUGUCAUGUAAAUACUAUGAUGAUUUUUUAUUAUUAUUAUUAUUAUUAUUAUUAUUAUAAUUAUUAUUUCCUCUCUUCUUUUCUGAUUGAUCGACCACCUUGUGAAUCAGUGCUCACCCCCUCCCCAGCCCCACCGCACCUUCCAUCAUAUCAAAACCUCCCAACUUCCCAAAUGAGUUACUUUCAUGCUUCUCUCUUUGGGAGGCGAUGGCGCAAAAUUGACAUUUCCAUCCAUUUUUGUACUUGGCUAAAAAGAAGCUAUUGUGCCAAGUCUCUCAGUACACAGAAUUAACAUACCAAUGUUGUAUUGAAUGUAUUAUGGGUUGUUGAACAAAGGAAAGACAUUUAGAUUCCUAACAAAACAAAUUCAGAUUAUGGAAUGUGCUUAAAAAAUAUAGUAAAAAAAAACAAAAAAACUGAAAAAAAAUCAAAAGAAUAUUAUGGCACAGUUUUUUUUGGGACCUGUAUUGUCAUGAUUACUCACUAGAUGGAUGAACGGUGUUGAAGGUGUGCUUUGUUGUAUUCUGAAAUGGGUCCUUCAGUUACUAUGCCUGCCUAACAGAUUUGAUCAGGCAGCCGUGAAAGUAGCAAAGUAUACUGUAUUGUAUCUUUAUAUUUUAAUAUAGUGUAGGCUUUUGUUUUAAAGUGGGACCAGCUUUUCUCAUUAACACAGUUCAUGACUUUGUACAGUAUAAAGGGAGGAACAUCGCUGCCCAAUGUUUACAUUUUUCUUGAAAAUAUAAAUACUACAGUAUUUACUCCACAUUUUUUCUUCCUAAGAGUCCAGAUACGUGAAUGUCACAACAAACUGUUAUAGCUGAGAAGAAAAAAAGCAGAGCCCAAGUUCAACUGUUGUGAGCUUUUCUCCUAAAGAUGCCGUUCUUUGAAACAAGCCAGCUCCAGUGGGCGUCUGAGCAGAGCGUUUUGCCUCUGAAUUUGUUGUUAACCUCCUGAUCAUCAACUAGCUGAAAACCCACAGCGGCACUCUAGGUUACUUGAAGUUUUUGGCUUCAACUUUUGGCACGGUACCUAAAUAAUGGUCUCUGGGAAAGAAGCAUUCUGCAGCACGGUACUAUAUUCCUCUGCUUUUCUUUGGAAAUAAUUAAAUACUUAAAUAUAUUUCAGUAUCUUUUACAGUACAUAUACUUUCUCCAUUGCACCAGUUAAAUUAAGGACAUCCAGAGAGCCAAAGGUCAUGUAACUUAAGAUUUCUGGCAAAUACACCAACACGUAUGAUGUAAAAAAGAUACAAAUAAUGAAAUGAGUCCUACUCAUGUUAAUUAUGUACAACAGAAUACAAAAUGAAGCUUAUGAACAUGCCCAUCUCUACAAACAUGGCCUACGGUGCUAACAGCUCCUCCAAGAUGAAAGUCCUUUUUUUAUUCAAACAGCUGAUCACUAUCCACAAGGUCAGUGAAAGUCCAGCAGAGAAUAAAUUAAACCAUGAGGUCGUUUAAUGGGAGAAAAUGUGGCUUUUUGUUCACUGAAAUCAACCAUAUCAAGGCUAAAAAAACAAUGUUAUUGUAAAGGUUUGCUUUAUGACAUGGCAUAUUCAUCCUCAAGUAUCUUCAAUUCAUGGUGUAAACAGAGAUACUGUACUGUAAUGCCUUAAUAGUACCAUAGACAUUAAAUGAACCUCCUUUUAGAAGGACACUUCCAGACGCUCUCAAUAAGAAACAACUCAUUCGUUUGACAUAUUACUGCUUAUUGAAUGUUUAUAAACUAGUAGCUGACUAAUCUUUCCAAUUAGGGAUCAUACUCAGUAAAAACUAAAUUUCUCAACUUAUGGCUCCUGCAGGUAUUUUCAAAUAAGCCAGUUGCAUCUGAUAAAAAAAAAUGCAGUAUUUGUCGUACACGUUGACAUGUUUGCAGGUCCUGUUUGGAUUUGGAUUGUGUUAUAUUUUGCCCCGCGAUCGAGGGACUAACAGUUCACACAGUAUUUUCACAUGAACUUGUAACUGCAAACAUAUAGAGAAAUAGCCAUCGCAGUUAAAAGACUUAAAGCACAAACACUGUUAUUAAUUUUAAGUUUUGUGGUGAUUUGUUUUAAGGUCUGCUAAACAUUUAUUUUUAUUUUUUAUUGUUUGUACUGAAAUUGUUAUCAGCUUGUUUUACAAAUUAUGAAAAUACUGCACCAUAUGAUCUUGUUUAAAUGUUAAGGUAUAAUGAAAAUGGGUCAGAAGUAUAUUUAUUCUCUUCCUUUAUGAAAACAAUGUAUAAAAAAUUACAUUUGAAACAUGUAAAACUGGAUAUGUGACAUUUAUUUGAAUGAGGUACAGUAUGGCAUAGUUUAUAAUGUUGUCGGGUUCAUUUAGAUGCCAUAACUGUUGUUGAUUUUUUGUCAGACGAGUACAUUAAAAAGAACAAUGUUUGCAAUCAAAUAACUUACUUUUUGAAACAGAGAGUAACAGUAUUAUAGAACAGAAUCAAUGUGUGUAUAUUUGGAGAACAUAGGAUACCUUUUGAUCUUUAGAGCCAGUGUGUAGUCAUAGUUUUCACACACUUGCGUGUUUGACGAUGUGCAGAGAGUUUGGUUGUGCUGCAUGUCAAAGUUAACCUGUGGUUUUAAGGUGGCCAUUUUACAGAUAUUCAUACUUUUUAUGAAUGGAUCCAUUUUUUUUCCAAAACAUUGGUUCCUAAACCUGGUCUCAAAAUACAUACCUCUUACAGACGAGCCGGCUAUGUUUGUUUGUGAUUUAUUUGAAUCAACUGCUUUUCAGAGUCAUACUGAUUAUUGUGGCACAUUGGUGGAGUUAUGCUGGUUGCUUGUCUUAAGCAGUCAAGACCAUGCUAGUAUUCAUACAUAUGAAAUGUACUGGAUGUUGAUUAUUUUUGAAUAAUUGGUAUU